UUUACACUGCGAAGAAAUAUUUCAAUCUGAUCUGUACCACUAGGGGAAAAACAUUAGCUCAGCAACAUAUACUCUGGUCAGGGAGUCAUUCCUAAACACUGCAAUUCCAGGAUGUUCACAAUAAGACUCUUUCACCGUCUUUGGCUUUUUAUCCUGUGGCUGAACAUGGAUCCAUCUUUACAACAGAAUGCAAUAACAUGUAAACUGGACCUGUCACCACUCCAAGGAACCUCGUAUGAACCUGCUUUCAGAAAUGUGUUUUUACCUGGUGAAACAGUAACAGUAACAUGUGGAGAGAGGUUCUGGAUUUCUGACCCUCGGAAAAUCUCAGUAGUAACUACAUGUGAAGAAAACGGAGCUUGGAGUGUCAGACCAGUAUGCCAAGAGGUUAGAUGCAGCAAUCGGCGAGAACCAAACGUAUAUUGGUGGAAUGUCUACUGGGGACAACAAAUAUCCUUGGGUGAGACUGUAAAUUACAGGUGUAAGGAAGGCUACAGGAGCACAGAUGGCACCAACCAGGCCACAUGCACCAGAAAUGGGUGGAGCCCAGAUCCACUCUGUCAAGAGCUUGUGGGUUGUGGAACGCCACCACCCCUUACAGAUGGGGACAUCAAGACCACCACGAAAAGUCAGUACAGACACAAUGAGCGGGUUGAAUACAUGUGUCAGAAUUACUACACCAUGGAGGGUGAACCCUACAGAACCUGCAUCAAUGGUGAAUGGACUGGACAUGUGAGAUGCAUCGAACCCUGCAUUGUGAGUGAGGACGACAACAGACAACAUAACAUUACUUUAAAAUCAAGUGACAAUAAAUAUUUUGCUCAUGAUGAAAUAAUUGAGUUCAGGUGUAUCAGAGGAGUUCCUGUUGGUGCAGUGGCGAUGCGUCAGAGGUGUAAUAGUGGUGUUAUUCUCCUGCCUUCUUGCCAUUAAGCAUGUUAGUUUGUUGGAGGAAAUGUACAAAGCAAACAGUUAUUACAGUGAUGUACUUAUCCCCUGUCCCCACUUUAAUGUGACAUGUUAAUAAAACAUUCUGUCUGA